AUGUGGACCAACAACUCCACUGCUUCCCUGGACACCGCCCAGCUGACCGCCUACCUGGGGGUGUCCAGCGUGGCCUGCCUGACCACCGUCGUCCUCUACCUGCUCCUCAUCACCAUGACCUUUCGCCGGCACCGCUCCUCCUCCGGCUCGCAUUUUCUUCUCUGCCACCAAUUCUUGGCGGAAUUCCUCAUGGUCUCGGUACACUGGCCCCUCCUCCUCGUCCAGAUCCUCCUGGCGCACCGCCGUCUCUUCGCCAGCGACGGCUUCUGCCGGCAUUACAUGUUUCCCUAUAUGAUCAGCCUCACCGCCACCCUGUGGGGACUGUUUGCGCUGUCCUUCAACCGCUUCAUCGCCAUCAUCUUCCCCCACGCGUACCCUCGCUUCACUCGGCAACGGUUCCUCCUGGCGCAGCUGGUGGCCUGCUGGUUGCUGGGAAUUUUCGUCCACCUCCCGUUCUAUGUGGACACAGGUGACAAUCGCUUCGUGGCGGAACCGCCCUUGGGAUUGUGUAAUUUCGCCCACCAAGGGGAGGUGUUUGUGAUUGGCUCGGUGCUGAGAGUGUAUUUACCGCUGGCCUUGACCGGGGUCACGCACAUCAUCGUCCUCAGCCGGGUGGCGGUUACCAGUCUCCACCGGAACGGGGUGGACGCGACCGCCCCGGCGCCGGCAAAGGUCAGCGUGGCCUACCGCAAGCGGGUGCUGCUGACGAAGAUGCUGUUCGCUAACUGGAUCGUCCACUGUCUGUGCUUCGCCUCGGUACCGUUCUUCCUGUCGGUGCUGCCCGGAUGGGUCUUCCAUGAGAUGCUGACGCUGCAGUGGCUGCGCGGUGUCUUCUUCCUCGGAUAUCUCUCCACGCCGGUGUUAUUCUACGCGAUGAACGAGGAAUUACGGGAAGCGGCGAAACGCUUACUGAUGCGAAAACGCCCGGGAACAGCCGGAGAAAAAACCGGCGCGUCGAUGGUCCACCCACACAGCCCGAAAGAGGAAGCGGAUACACUGUCCUGA